AUGGCGGCUCACGCCCUGCUGCAGGUGGCUGAGAAGAACCUCGUCUGCAACGUCUGCUACGCGCUGCUUCGCUCCCCGGUGGUGUUUUCCUGCGGCCACGUCUUUUGCAAGAGGUGCGCCGAGCGCUCGAUUGAGGAGCGGCCGCGCUGCCCGCUCUGCAACCACGCCGUGGCGAGUCGGCGGGCGAUCGCCCCGCUGCCGACCCUCGCGCGGCUCAUGGUUUUGGUGCACGACGUGGCCAAGACGCUACGGCUGAGGCGGGCGGCGCAGCUUUCCGCCGCUGCCGCCGCUGCCGCCGCCGCCGCCGCCGGCAACAGUCCACCGCCGCGGCUGACGGAGAGCCUUGCGCCGGGCGACGCGGCGGUGGACGACUUCUCCCUGACGGCGGUCGUCAGGGACCGGCUCGCGUCGGCGUCCACCGUGAGCGGCGGAGGCGGACUGUUGCCGGCGCGGACGCCGAGCCUGCACCGCGGCGGGAGUGUGGCGGCGACGCAGUCCCUGCGCGCCUCCCCGCCGCCUGCGCCGAUGCCGGCCGGCGGCUUUGUGGGGUGCGACGAGACCGAGACGCAGCGCAUGUCCUCGCGGAGCCCCACGGCGAGCUCUUCUUCGAGCGCCUCGCGGCGCUCUUACCGCCAGUGUGUGGCGGUGCGUCGCGACGGCGGGGGCCCCGCGGCGGCGGGGGCCUACGAGCACGUCGGCUGCUGCGCGCUGUGCGGGCUGGACAUCGCGGACCGUGCGCAGGUGCGCCGCUUCCUGCGGCAGCUGCUCCGCGCGGACCCCACCUGCGACCACCUGCGCCUCCGGCAGCUGAACGAGGUGAUGCUGAGCGACUUUCUCGGCCCCAUGUGGGAUCUGCGCCUCGCCACGCGAGGCCGGGAGCAUGCGGCACGCGGGAUGGGGCGAAAGCGCGGCCGCAGUUCGUCCGCUUCGCCCCCGUCAUCCUCCUCCACGCUCCUGGUGCACCAGGCGUGCCUCGAGUGGUGCGUGCUGCACCGCCGCGUGCGGGACGCCGCCACUCUGAAGCUGGCGCUUACGGGCACGCAGCAGCAGCAGCUAGAGGGUUCCUCUUGUGCCUCUGCCUGCGCCUUUUGCGCGGCCCGCGGGCGGUGCCUGGUUGUCUGCGGAAGCUGCCAGCGGAGGGCCUAUCACUACUCCUGCGCGCUGCUGACUGGCGCCGGCGUGUGCAACAUUUCGGCUGAAACCAUGUCUCUGGUAUGUGCGACGUGUCUGCGGAAACGCGAGGAACGGCAGGCAGAGGAGGAGGAGGAGGAGGCUGAGGCGGGGUUGAUGUUAUGGUAG